AUGCCAUCGUUCUUCACAAAUCUCCCAACUUACCUCCUCUCAUCAGUCGUGCUGCUGGGCGCUUUCUCUCGCUUCACUCACGGCGAACACACGCCUCAGUUCUACGCAUUCCAGGAGUACCAUGCACCCGACGACGGCUCCACGGUGGCCAAAAUCACACCCGUCAUCGACCUGUUCGUGGGAUUAAGCCUGUUAUUCGGGAGCAAGGCAGUGAGGCUGAGUGCCGCAAGUAUCAGCUUAGGCCUGUUCACUGUAGGUCUGGUUGUCCAAGUCAAAGCGGACAAAGAGUAUAAUGCGGAUAUUGCCCUGGUGGCUUUGGCUGCGAUUGCUGUACUCAGUCAAAUGCGGAGGCGAUAG